GGCUGUAGCCGCCACCGCGCGCUUCGGCAGGCCGGAGGGAGGGGGAGACCUGUCAGUCUCGCGCGUUGCCUGGGCGAAGAGGGCGGAGCUUUGGCGUGGGGCGGCCAAUAGUGGGGGUGGCUGCGUGGGUCGCCAUGGGGACGGGGCUGUUCCCGGGGAGGCUGUGAUGGGUUGACAGGUGCGUGACAGUGGGAGCUGCUCUCGGCACAAGCAUGUACGGCAAAGGCAAGAGUAACAGCAGCGCCGUCCCGUCCGACAGCCAGGCCCGGGAGAAGUUAGCACUCUACGUAUAUGAAUAUCUGCUCCAUGUAGGAGCUCAGAAAUCAGCUCAAACAUUUUUAUCAGAGAUAAGAUGGGAAAAAAACAUCACAUUGGGGGAACCACCAGGAUUCUUACAUUCUUGGUGGUGUGUAUUUUGGGAUCUCUACUGUGCAGCUCCAGAGAGACGUGAAACAUGUGAACACUCAAGUGAAGCAAAAGCCUUCCAUGAUUAUAGUGCUGCAGCAGCUCCCAGUCCAGUGCUAGGAAACAUUCCCCCAGGAGAUGGCAUGCCAGUAGGUCCUGUACCACCAGGGUUCUUUCAGCCUUUUAUGUCACCUCGGUACCCUGGAGGUCCAAGGCCCCCAUUGAGGAUACCUAAUCAGGCGCUUGGAGGUGUCCCAGGAAGUCAGCCAUUACUCCCCAGUGGAAUGGAUCCAACUCGACAACAAGGACAUCCAAAUAUGGGUGGGCCAAUGCAGAGAAUGACUCCUCCAAGAGGAAUGGUGCCCUUAGGACCACAGUCUGACCCUUGGUUAUCAUUACAGAACUAUGGAGGUGCAAUGAGACCCCCACUGAAUGCUUUAGGUGGCCCUGGAAUGCCUGGAAUGAACAUGGGUCCAGGUGGUGGUAGACCUUGGCCAAACCCAACAAAUGCCAAUUCAAUACCAUACUCCUCAGCAUCUCCUGGGAAUUACGUAGGUCCUCCAGGAGGUGGAGGACCACCAGGAACACCCAUCAUGCCUAGUCCAGCAGAUUCAACCAACUCUGGCGAUAACAUGUAUACUUUAAUGAAUGCAGUACCUCCUGGACCUAACAGACCUAAUUUUCCAAUGGGCCCUGGGUCAGAUGGUCCCAUGGGUGGAUUAGGAGGAAUGGAGUCACAUCACAUGAAUGGCUCUUUAGGCUCAGGAGAUAUGGACAGUAUUUCCAAGUACUCCCCUAGCAUGACAAUGAGCGUGUGAUCCAUUACCAAGUCUCCUCAUGAAAACCACAGUGAGUCAGCCCUUCACAGAACUACUACGGAAGAAAAUUAUUCAUCACAGUGUACAGUUAAACAAAGGAAUCUCAGUCACACCAAACCAACCUUUUUAUUUCCUGCUCUCUCCCCUCUUUUGUGAAGAAAGCGGGUCCAAACGUGAUUCAAACAACUGUACGGAGUGGCAUAUUAGAAUUGCCCUAAACUGAACUGCAAAUAGUUAUGUGUGUAUGUAUAUGUGUGGGAAAGAGAAUGUACUGUAUAUGUGUAUGUUAUACAGACAUAUACACAUACAUACAUUGACCCACAGGACAUUGUAAAAUAUUAUCACAUGACAUCUUAAGUAGAAAUAAGUAGGGACUUUUAUUCCAUCCUUUUUUUCACGUUUACAUUUUAAUUAUUACAAGUUGCUCCUGCCCCCUCCCUGAACUAUUUUGUGCUGUGUAUAUCACUGCUUUAUAUAAGUUAUUUUUUAAGGUGAACUCAGAUGUUAUGGUUUUGUAAAUGUCUGCAAUCAUGGAUAGGAAUAAAAUCGCUUAUUUGAGAGCUUUCAUUAAAUUGCGUCUGAUGCAAGUUAUCCUGUGAAUCACAAAGUGUACUGUCUCAAAAAAUAGAAGAAAAUGUGUCUUUGUCUUUAUGUUGAAUCAAACAAUUUCUCAGUUACCUUCAGUGAAAAGUAUUUUUUUAAUUUUUAUUUGAGAAAAACACUUCAAAUCAGUAAAAGCUUAACUGGGGCCUCACACAGUGUAUUUCUGCAAUAACUGCUUUAAACGGAGUUCUUGAUUUGUUUGUCUUAGAUGAUACAGAAAUCACUAAAUAGCCCAAAUCACUUAGACCAUAGCAAUAAAGUGACAGGGGUUGUCGUAUUUUUAGCAACAUCUUUUCUCUUUAACACGAUGAAGCCCCAAAGUGAUAACAAAACCAUUUGCUUGAAUUUGUCACUUCUCACCAGGAAUACUAGAGGUAAAAUUUUAAUAACAUACUAAUGUUAAAUGGUAUCUGGUUUUUAUUCAGACUUUUUGUGAGCAUAUUCAUGUAGACACUAGAAGUAAAUACAUUGAAUGAGACUUUGAGCACAAGGGAGAAGAGAGUUGUUAGCACUCCUGAGGCCUCUGGAGUGCUACUUUUCUAUCCAGGUAUCUUGCUUGCUACCAGCAGAAUUGACUGGUAUUGGUUCUCACUGGCCAGGGAGCGCCUGCUCUGUUCCUGGGAUAUAAGGCUUUUAUUCAGAAGCAAAUCAUUGAUAGUAACUUUGCUUUAUCUAGCCACUGACUUCAGCAGGCUAAAACUACGUUGUGUAACUGCCUGUUCAAAAAAGAAUGAGUAAAUAUUUUAAUAAAAAAAAAAAUCUACUUCCCUUAUGAAAGCACCUUGCUCUAUGGCACUUUCCAAAUCUUUUGGGGUUUUGUGCUUAAUAAUACAUACAUACACCAAAAUCACAAUAGAAUGAUAUGAAGACUUUAAUUUUAGACUCUGAAAGAUAACUGAUCCUUUAUGUUAAAAUUGUGAUACAAGCAACCGUUGAUAAAUACCAACUAUGAAUCCAAACUCCAGCGACUGAAAAGCAUUGUUUAAUCGGAGGUAAGAGACUUUCUCUUUCCUUUUGGCUUAUAGUCUCUAAAGUGAAAAUUUGGCAGUAUAUAGUCAUGUAGCUCAUAAUGACAUUUCAAUCAACCACAGAAUGCAUAUACAACAGUGGUCCUAUAAGAUGAUAAUACCAUAUUUUUACUGUAUCUUUUCUAUGCUUAGAAACACAAAUACCAUUGUAUUACAGUUGCCUUCAGUAUUGAGUACAGUAACAUGCUGUACAGGUUUGUAGUCUGGGAGCACUAGUUAUAUUAUAUAGCCUAGGUGUGUAGGAGCCUAUACCAUCUGGGUUUGUGUAAGUACACUCUGUGAUGUUCGGACAAGGAAAAUACUGCCUGACAGUGCAUUUCUCAGAAUGUAUACUUGUCAUUAAGUAACACAUGACUGUAUUUGCUGGUUCCUUAUGACUUAUUUCUCUCAAAUUCAUAAUGAUUUAGUCCUUGUAAAAAUAAAGAUUUUGCCUGUGCCUAACAGGGAUACUAGGCAGAACUGUUGAGAAAAAAAAAAAAGCUGAAUUGAGUGUAUGUUGCAGAUUUAAACUAUAAUAAAAUGAGCCUCAGUUAAUCACACACAGCAUUCAGAUGCCUAGGAGUGCACACCGGAGAAGAGCCUCAUGCUGUCAACCUGCAGAAACCUUUCAUGCAAAUUCAGAUGAAAAGGUCUUUACCUCAAGCGAAGGUAACCUGAAUGAAGGUGACAGUUUGUGCAGACACCUUACUUUACCAAGAAGAAUUUUGACUUUCAUUUUUUAUGACAAUCGUAUAAAAACUGACAGUCCUUUGAUUAUUAAGUUUAAUCUUAUAAUGCUAGAAUUUUCAAACAUUUUGUUAACUCUUCUCCAUUAUUACUGAUCUUGAAGUUCUUUUCUUUGCCUUCUGAGAAGGUAUUAUUUCUUAUCACAAAGAAGGAUGAAUCUGAUUUUAUCUGCCCUUAUUUUGGGGGUAAUACUAAAAUAUGAAUUGCAUCAUGAUCCCCAUUAUUUGUAACCUAAAAGUAAAAUUCGUUUUUUUUUUUUUUUCAAGGCAGAGCAGUCAAUUCAUUGUAAGUAUUUAUUUCUUUUUUCUUCUUGGAGCCCAGAUUAAAAAGAGUUAUUUUAGAUUUAAAAUUUUCCUGGAAUAGUUGAAAAAUUAUUUUUGAGGAGAAAAUUGUAUCCAAGAAACCCAGAAUAUAAGGAUACUUGAUUUUUAGAACCAGAUAAUUCUUUCAUGCACUGAAUGGAGGACAGUAUAUCUGUAUAUUAAUUUUUGUUUAGAUUUUGAAUCAUUUAACCCUUGUCCUUUUUCCUUGUAAUAAGACUAUUUAAUGUUUUUCUCUUGUGUUUUCCAUCUUUAUCAAUGCAUUUGUGUUGGUCUUGAUGUAUACUACCUGUUCCUAGGGUUAUUUUUUACAUAUGUCACCUCACAGUAAUAAUAUCAGCAAUUCUUGCUACAUUGAACAUAUUAAAUACACAUGUAAAAGGCAAAAGUAAGCAGUAGGUAAAAACAUUAACUCUUGCUACUCUGCUUUGCAUUCUGCCUAACUCACUGCAUUUGAAAAUACACGUCAGAUUCUUUCUUAGGUAUUUUUGAUCCUUAACUACGUGUCUUACAGCAAAGUUGCCCAUGGGAACAAAAGCUAUAGGGUGUCACUGAUCUUGUAAUACACCACAUAUUUGAUGGGUGAAUCUUACUAGUACUCCUUUGAAUAUGUUCCAGUGUGGACUCAGUUGCUGAUGAAGAGGAAGUUCACAGGUAGGAAUCCGAGGUUAAGAUUUCUCAAUUGCCAGCUGGGCACUCACGCCUAUAAUCCCAGCACUUGGGAGGCCAAGGUGGGCAGAUCACCUGAGAUUGGGAGUUCAAGACCAGCCUGGCCAACAUGGUGAAACCCCCAUCUCUACUAAAAAUACAAAAAUUAGCCAGGCGUAGUGGUGGGUGCCUGUAAUCCCACCUACUCAGGAGGCUGAGGCAGGAGAAUCACUUGAACCCAGGAGAUGGAGGUUGCAGUGAGCCGAGAUUGUGCCACUGCACUCCAGCCUGGGUGAUGGAGCAAGACUCCAUUUCAAAAAUAAAAAAGAUUUCUCAAUUGCCAAAAGAUUAACAAGUAAAUCAGUUCUGCUCCUCCAGCCAUGAAAAGUGCCCAAAACAGCCCUUUCCCUCCAGAAUAAAAUAAAGAAAACUUCUAUUUCUAUUUUUAUGAUUCUCUAAGAUAUCUGAACUCCAUUGCAUUUCAUAGGGUUAUUCAGUUAGCACUUCUGUGGUUUAAAAGACAACAAAUGAAAAUAAGUAAGUUCAGUUUGGGGCAUGAAGAAGUCCCACAUCUGUCUAUAUCUUUUCUUCAUCAUAUUGUCCUAGGAAUGUAUAGCAAAGCAUUCAGAACUGCUCCCUUGGCUGGGGAAGUUUUCCACCGUCCUUAAUACUAUGAAGUCUUGAUUAGUUCUUCCGUGGCUUUAUCCUUGCCUCCCUCCCAAUCCCUGCAUCUUCCAGGAGGAAUAAAUACCAACUGAACACUGUUACCUUCUCAGCCGUUACCAUUUUCAUCUGCAUAUAGUGUAUAGUAGUAAGAAUGGUUUUCCCAGGAGAAAUAAUUGCAAUUUUCAUUUCUUGAUUAUCACUGCUAAUUUGAAGGAGUGCCACAAAUCAUAGCCACUUGAUUUUGGAAUGCAUUUUAGUGUUUUGACACUGGUUUUCCUUUUUUUUUUUUUUUUUUUUUUUUUUGAGACAGUCUUGCUCUGUCACCCAGGCUGGAGUGCAGUGGCACAAUCCUGCAGUCUCCGCCUCCCAGGUUUCAGCGAUUCUCCUGCCUCAGCCUCCAGAGUAGCUGGAUUACAGGCAUGCAUCACAGGCUAAUUUUCGUAUUUUUAGUAGAGACAGGGUUUCACCAUGUUGGCCAGGCUGGUCUGGAACUCCUGACUUCAAGUGACCUGCCCACCUCAGCCCCCCAAGGUGCUGGGAUUACAGGCGUGAGCCGCUAUGCCUGAUCAAGUUUUCCUCUUUUUUUUUUUUUUUUUUUUUUUUUUUUUGAGACGGAGUCUCACUCUGUCGCCCAGGCUCUAGUGCAGUGGUGUGAUCUUAGCUCACUGCAACCUCCACCUCCCGGGUUCAUGCAAUUCUCCUGCCUCAGCGUCCUGAGUGGCUGGGACUACAGGUGCAUGCACAGCUAAUUUUUUGUAUUUUUAGGAGAGAGGGGUUUCACCGUGUUAGCCAGGAUGGUCUUAAUCUCCUGACCUCGUGAUCCAUCUGCCUCGGCCUCCCAAAGUGUUGGGAUUACAGGCGUGAGCCACUGCACCCAGCCCAAGUUUUCCUUUCUUUUUUUUAUGUCUUCUGUAAAACAGAGUCGACCCUCCAUAUCCGCAGGUUCCACAUCCCCGAUUCAAUCAACUCCUGGUCAGAAAUAUUGGGAAAAAAUUUAAAAACAAUAAAAACCAAUAAUACAACAAUAAUUACAAAUAAUACAUUAUAACAACUAUUUCCAUGGCAUUUAUAAUACAUUGUAUUAGGUAUUAUAAGUAAUCUAGAGAUGAUUUAAAGUAUAUUGGAGGAUAUGCAUAGGUUAUACUAUGUCAUUUUAUGUAAGGGACUUAAGCAUCUGUGGAUCUUGGCAUGUGCAGCCGUCCUGGAACCGGUCUCCCUUGGAUGCGUAGGGACGACUAUAGUUCUCUUUGAAAACACUAAUCAAUACAAGUGGCCAGUGAAUGUAUAGUAUGGGAGGGAGAAAUCCAGUGUUGGGGACAAGGUUGCCAUAUAUUUGCCAAAAGCAAAUUAAUCUUAUUUCUAUUUUUCCCUCCUGGUGGAAUACGUUUAUUGUUUGCUAUGUGGAGCCAGAGUCUGUGUUUGUUUAAAGCAACGGUACCCAAUCUUAAGCAUGUGUAAGGGUCUCCCUGGGUCUGUGAACCAUACCUUGAGAAAUAACUAGAAAAGUGAAAAAAUGGCGAACUGCUAUUAAUAAUACUUGCAUUUUGCAUACUAAAUAUGUUGUGUGUACCUGUGUGUGUGUGUGUUGGGAAUAGUAAUAUGAAGUUUGCUCACAAAACACUCCCACUGUGAUUCACAUUAUCUUGUAGCACAACCAAUAAUGAUUAAAUAUAAUGAUUUCCUUUGACUGCUUUUCAUUUCAGUGAUAAAACAGCUGAUGAAAGUUAUUUGGGAUGGAAAGAGUAAUACAAGACAUAAGCAGAUGGAGUCUCCUAUGCCUAGCUUUAGCACACCCAUGUUAGCUUGUCCACAUUAGGCCUUCUUUUGAAGGUUCUGUAUCUAAAGAUAAAGGCAUAAAUGAUCAUUUAAUUCUCAGCCACUUCACUGAUACUACUAGGAGUUACACAGUAAUUAUGGUGGUUUGAUAUAGACAUUUGUUUACAAGAAACUGAAUUGGCAUUAUUAACUUAUUACAAAAAAAUAAGUUAGCUUUACCCAUGAACUGUAAUUCAGAUUGAUAAGGUGACCUACCCAUGAAAAAGACACUUGAGGCCCGUUUACUUUUUUAAACUAUGAAGUGAAAUCCUCAGUUAAAUAAGUGUCCCAAGGAGAAUUUCCUCUGUUAAAUUUUCCCUGUUAACUUAGUAUAAUUGGUUUUCUUGAAUAGAAGAAUAAUGAUUUCUGUAAGAUAUUUUAAUGUGAAUAUUUUUGAUGUCUUCAUCUUUAAAAAUUACAGUACUUUAUAUAGAUAUUAAAAUUUUUAAGUGGGACUAGGUGUUUUUAUGUAUACAAUUACAGUUUGUCUCUUCUCUCUUUGCACAUUUACUGGCUAUCAGCAGAACAAAGGUUGGACUCAUUUUGCUUAUCUCAGUCAUUAAAAUGUUAUGAUCUGUUUCUAACAUAUUUAGCAUUUCAUUUUUAAAAUGAAAUGUGCCAUUAUCAUAACAAAGGUAACUAUUAAUGUUCCCAGAAACAGUGAUGUAAAGGACUUAUUCCCUCCCAGUCAAUAUUAACACUUAAUCCCACUUUCUUUUUUCCACCAAAUGGCCUCAGUACAUUGCCAAGAGAGUGAAAUUUGGAUUCCUCACAGUACUCUCAGAACACAAUAUGAUAUUUGUCAGCUAACUUUCCAUCAUGUCCUGGUAAAAUUGCUCAGUUAAAUGUAAUUGGCCAUCUACUUAUUAAAAAAGAAUUCAAAUAAUCUGUACAGUUACCAUAAUUUGACAACAAAUUACUUUAAAUUUAGCACCACCUUAGAAAUUUUCGUAAUAUAAACUACUGAUUGAAAUGUGUUUAUACUUUCUAUCAUAUUUCAAAAUGUUUUACUUUCCUUGCAUUAAGGCAAUUAAAGACACAAACUACAUGUUAGGAUGAAUAAUUUAAAGGACAUCCUGUUGUUUCAACAUAAAAAAUGGAAAAGUCUUUAUAAAUAGAAUACUUAUGAUAGCCAUCUACAUAUUGAAUUGUUUAAUUUACCUAAUUGUGAUUUUCCGAAUUUAAGAUGUUUUCUUACUACAUGUGUUAAAUUGUUACCUAUAAUAUCUUCCUGGAAAAAUAGAAGUAUUUGUAAGGUUUUUAUAAAUGCACAAUUUAUGUAUAAAUAUAAUCGGAAUCUGGGAUGACUCUUAGUAAUCUACUAUUCUUAAUUCAGUGAUGGCCACCAGCUACCUGCCACAUUUUGUAAAUUUAGUAUCUGUGUAUGUGUGUUCGUGUAUGUGUGUGUGCGUGCAUGUGCACAUUACUGCAUUUAUUCUCAGAUGGAUUUAUAAUUUAGUGCUUUUGUACAAGUACUUGAACUAUUCAUGUAAUGGGAUAAGUUGCCAUAAAGAUGUACAUAAAUGACCCUUAA